CUACCGAGCAGCCCGCAACCCUGUGUACCGGAAUAACACUGCCGAAGGAGCGUUAUUUCCAAGUGGCGGAUAGGAAGCUGUUUUCGAUUAAUCCGACGCUCUCGUUUCAUGUAUAAGGAAGAUCUCGAACGUUAUGAGCAUUCUGUUGUACCAACAAUAGAAACUGAUUUUGGAGACCAAGAAUCUACUACAACAAACCGCAGAACUGCCCACGACCUUGGGCAACGCCGACAGCCAGGACUGCCUUUGAGUCUCUGCAUCCUGAGAUCGAAACCUGAGCCAACGGAUACCAAAUCCUUAACCGCCUUUUCAAACAGGGAGAACAAUGGUUUCCUCUGGGAUCGUCAGGAGAAGGAGCCACUUGUUUCCAACACUGAAUGUACUGCUGAUCGGUCACUCAAAACUGAUCAAGACGACACCAUGAGCUCAGUGGACAGACAUUCUAGAUCUUCAGUUGUGGAAGGGCCAUUGCUUACUGCUCCUGAACAAGAAUAUUUACCUCGUACAUGUGAGUAUUGCAAGAAGGACUUUGCCAAAACGCACGAUCUCCAGAUCCACAUAGAUUCUGUUCACUUGAAGCAGAAGAUAUACUCCUGUGAUCAUUGCGAGAAAUUCUUUUAUAACAUGGGAAAUCUUCGAUCACACUUCAGGCAUAUUCAUUUGAAAAACAGACCUCUUGCAUGCGGUUACUGCGAGAAAACUUUCAUCAAAAAGAGCGUACUUCAGACUCACGUAAAGACUGUUCAUUUGAAACAGCGCCCGUUUACAUGCGAACACUGUGGUGCAUCGUUUACACAGAAUGACAAGUUGAAAAGGCAUAUUAGAUGUACUCAUUCGGAUGACCGCCCUCAUGCGUGCAAACGCUGCAACAAAUCGUUUCCCGAGAAGAGCAAUUUACGAAAACAUAUGCAAUCUGUUCAUUUUAAAUGUUGCUCCAUAUUCCUCAAGUGACAAAUAGUCAUUCGGUCCGGAACUAACGCAGCGAAGCGUGACUUCAAUGGAACUCGCUGAAACCAAGAAGCGGCGGUAAAAGGUGACAAUAGACCUACUCGACUAAUAACAAACUGUCGCAACUAUUAUGCAACGUUUCUGUACAGUAUGAUCGGUCCUUUGUGUAAAAUUGUCUCCUUUGUCGUGUAAUAAAUUACUUAUUAAUUUUUUGUUA